AUGGCGACGAAGGGCUUCGAGGGCACGCGCCUGCCGAGCUCGCGCGAGGUGCGGCGCUGGUUCGCGGGCCAGGCCUACGUGCGGCGCAGCAAGCACGGCGCGCGGGUCCGGUCGGCCAAGUCGCUGGACAGCGCCGUGCUGUGCACGCUCGAUCCCGACACGGCGGUCAUCGUGACGCACACGGAGGACGUCGCCGACGGCGCGGGCGAGAAGACGCUGCGGAGCCGCCUGAUCCACCCCGUCGACGGCUGGGUGUCGAGCAAGCUCCUCGUGAAGGCGUGCUUGCUCAAGGGCUACCUCGGCCGGCGCGCCGCGGGCCUCGGCAAGGCGCUCGAGCUCUGCUUCAUGGAGGGCGGCGAGCUCAUCACCAUCACGGACCCGCUGGCGAAGGACAUCAGCGAGUUCUUCAGGCGCGAGCCGGGCCUCCGCCAGUACUUCGAAUUGAGCGAGCACGCGUCCAAGGAGUUUUCGGACCGCUCCCUACCGCCGCCGCCGCCGCCCGUCGCCGACGCCGACGCCAAGCUGCUCAUGGUCCCGCACGUCAUCCUCGUCGGCGACGCGACGAUCCCGGAGCCCUUCGAGGUGCGGCCCCGCAACGUCCUCGCCCUGCGCUGCGACGACUCCUACGAGGGCCUCCCCGAGAAGAUCAUCUUCGCGGCGCACGCGGUCCGCCGCCUCGACAGGUUCGCGCGGUUCACGCACGCGCUCAAGAUCGACGACCACGACGCGGCCGUCGACGCCGACGCUUUCGGCCGCCUCCACGCCCACAUCCUGAAACCGGCGGCCCAGUGGGACUUCGUCGGCCAGCGCGUCAUCCGGUCCUACGCGGGCAACCGGCGCUGGCACUUCGACAAGGUCUCGCGGGACAGCUCCUGGCACGAGCGGCCCUACGUCGGGCCCUACCUGCCCUGGGCCGACGGCGCCGCGUCCUACGUGCUGAGCGCGCGGUCCAUGGACGUGCUCAUCGCCGCGUUCCCCGUCGUCGACGCGCCCCACAUGCUCACCAUCCUCCGGAAGACGGAGAUCUACGAGGACAUCAUGGUCGCGAAGAUCCUCCACAGCGCCGAGAUCGAGCCCCGCGAGCAGGACUACGGCGCAAACUGGACCCCCGAGCCCUAA